AUGUCCAGUGCCUCACUUGUAGCUCGUACUGCAAGAAAUGCUCAUCGUUUUACUACGAGGCUGCUUACAGGAACCCUAAAUGUGCCUUCUCGGUGCUUGAUCCUGCGCACCCCAGCGGCCAGUCAUUCUCGAGGGAUUGCAAUUCCAGCACUCAUUCCCCAUCUCAGACCCAGGAUAAACACCAAAAAUGAACUAGGCCGGAGAACCAUGUUUAUCCAAACUGAGUCUACCCCAAACGACGACUCGCUCAAGUUUAUCCCGGGUGUCGAAGUCAUGUCUUCUGGUACCGCCGAAUUCGUUGAUACCCGCUCAGCGCUCGCCUCUCCAUUAGCUAUAAGACUAUUCGGCAUCGAGGGUGUUCGCUCUGUCUUCUUCGGCCCCGACUUUGUUACAGUGUCCAAGGACUCGGAAAACACCUGGUCAACAAUUAAACCCGAGAUCUACUCGGUUAUAAUGGAACAUUUCACGAGUGGAACACCAUUGUUUAGGAGCGAAGAGGACAGGGAGGCUGCGGGACCACAGGAUACGAAGAUUUUGGAUACCGACUCGGAUACGGUGGCGAUGAUCAAGGAGUUGCUCGAGACAAGGGUUCGUCCGUCGAUCAUGGAAGAUGGAGGUGACAUCGAGUAUCGAGGAUUCAACGAGGCGACUGGAAUUGUACAGGUCAAGCUCAAAGGAAGCUGUCGUGGUUGUAGCUCAAGCACAGUCACACUCAAAACUGGCAUCGAACGCAUGAUGAUGCAUUACAUUCCCGAAGUCAAAGCGGUCGAACAGGUACUUGACCAAGAAGAGACAAUUGCGCUGGAUGAAUUCGCCAAACUAGAAAGACGGAUCCAAGAAAAGGACAAGAAAAAGAAAGAUUCUGGAAUGGCUCAAUAUAUGUCCAUAUAA